AUGACUAUGGCUAUGGAUGGGCUGCAUAGUCACCCGAGCAUCCUCGACACUCGAGUGAGCGCCUCCCUGGAUCUCAAUGCCCAGAAUUUCCCGCGCCAGCACCCGCAGUGCCGGCUUGGGCCCGUAUCCGUACUUUUUGAAACCGGAAAACUUGGCCGUGUCCCGGAUCAGCCGUGGCGGGUGGCUCAGGCCCAGCACCGUCAGAUCGUGCUUUACGUCGUGCCCGACCAGGAUGCGCGUCUCCUUUUUGGCUCCGCCUACUUCGUCCUCCCCCCGCAGCAGAUCCUCGAUGGCGGUCCGCACCUCUUCGAACGGCCGCGCCAACCGCAGAUGCCGCGCCGACACGCCGCUGACAAAUCCACCACGCUGACCCGUGCCAGCGCGUCAUCCCGUCCGUCCGCGCCGACGCCCACCAUCUCGCAGUCCAGCGCAAUGUACUUGCCGACCGCUAGGCCGGGCGUGCGGCCCGCGUUUUCACGGUCCGUCACGGCGGACGAGGCUGCUGCGUCAGUGUCGCCCACGGCGGCCGCGCCGACCUUGGCCCGGCCCCCAGACAGCGUUGACGUCGCUACACCGCCCAAUCCGUACGCCUGCGCCAUGUCCUCGGCCGAAAUGUCGUGGUCCUCGGCCCACAGCGCCAGCGACGGCGUGAUGCCCUUGGGCAGCAUCUGGCCCUUGCCGUUGUGGUCGUAG